UUUUAAACUACUACAUUUAGAAUUGAUCAUCAAUUUUGAAUUUUGGCUCUUUGGUUUUAAUUUCUUUUAAAUUUCUUGUUUACUUUCUUUUAUUAAUUUUAAAAAUAUAAAUCUUCAAAAUGAAUAACAGCGAAGAACAUUUGGUCGAUGAUUCAUUAGUACGUCUAACUGAAGAACAACCAAAGAAUGAAAGCGAAACUAAUUUAAUUUUAUCAUCCGAUCAAAUGGUAGAAACAGAACCUUCGAAAGAUUAUUCAUUUACUGCACAAAAUUCAAUAAUAGAAGAAGCGAAUACAGAAGCAAUAUCGAAAGAAAUAGAAUUUCAGGAAGAAGACAAUGAGAAUGCAAUGAUUAAGUAUGAAGAAAUUGAUGUGGAAGCCUCCGGUGGUCAAGAACUAGUUGAAUCAAAAGAUGAAUGUAACUUAGAAGAAGAACUAAAUGAAUUUUUAUCUGAAGAAAUUACUCAAAAUAUACAAGAUGAAAUUUAUACGGAAGAAAUUGCUCAAAAUAUACAAGAUGAAAUUUAUACGGAAGAAAUUGCUCAAGGUAUACAAGAUGAAACUUAUACGGAAGAAAUUGCUCAAAGUAUACAAGAUGAAAUUUAUACGGAAGAAAAACAGUUGGAAAUAUCAAAAAGUGUUAUUACCCCAGAAGAAAGUAAACAAGUUUCAUUCGAUCAGUCUGAAGAGGAAGAAAUAAUUGGAGCUGUGGAUUUAACAAAUGUGUCCAUAGUUCAAAAAACUCAAGGGAUUGUUCUUAGAAAAGAUAGUGUGGACUUUAUGAACGAAUCUUAUUGGGUUCCUAAAGAAAGGGAUAGAACAACUUUUAGUGAAAAAUGCCAGAGAGGCGAUUUUCCAUUUCAAUUGUCUCACAAACCUGAAGGUUUAACUCUUCAAUGGAUGCUUCCAGCAAAAGAUUUAGAUUUUCGUUAUUAUCUUCCGGAAUUUAUUAAAGGUUUAAUAGAACCUGAUGAUCGUUAUAGCAUUGUCGCCAAUCUGUGUGUCCAUGAUUUAAUAGAUUCGGACAAAAAUAAGGUUAAAAUGGCUUUGCCAUACUUUAUGAAUGACUUAUAUGCUGCUCUAUCCAGUCGAUAUCCUGCAGUUUGCAUGAAUGCGUGUAAAAUUCUGCAAAAAUUAGCAACAACUGUGGGAAAACAUCUUGGUUAUUACUUCGAUCGUCUUUUUGGUGUACUCAAUAUGAUGAGAUUGAAAAUAGAGUAUACUGAAGGGCAGAAAACAUUCAUCAGAAAAAAAGAUUUUUCUUUACAUCCACUUUAUGAAGAGAUCCUUAAAACUUGGUGCAUAUUGCAAGAGAUAUUGAUUCAAAUUUCAGAAAAACAACUUAAAAUAAUGAUGCGGUGCUGGGUCAGACCUUUGCCUUGGUUGACUUUUUAAAUCAUUCGGAAAAUAUCUUAAAAAUAUUUUAAUAAAUACUGUUUAAAAUUUAAUA